CUUUCUCAACUCAGCAACCCGUAAGGAGUGAACACAGCAUAACCCGAGAGGAAUAGAAAAGGUUGGUGACGGAAGAGCAGGAAAUAUUCACUUGGAUCUUCUUUUUUUUCAUUUUUCUCGGAAAUAGCCAGUCAUCAGCCAUGUCACAGGAAGGAAAUGGUGAACCGCAGCAGGAUCAGGCACAACAAGAACAGUCACAGUCCUCACCCAGGGGCGUUGAUGCUCUGAAGGCACAUGUCCUUGAGCAUAAGGUGGACACAGCACUAUGGGCCACUCGAGCACUUACUCUUUUAUUCUGCAUAUCGUACCUCAUUCCUAUUUUUGGUAACCCAUACAGCAGUUACCAGAAAGUCCUGGUGAGCAAUGCAGCAACCUCUGCCCUCCGUUUGCACCAGAGGAUCCCGUCAGUGCAGCUCACACGGGAGUUCUUCCUCCAGCUAUUAAUGGAGGACUCGGCCCACUACCUUUUGUACUCCAUCAUCUUCAUGUACACAGCCUCGAUCACCAUGGUGCUGGCUCCAAUAUUCCUAUUUGCACUGCUUCAUUUUGCCAGCUAUACUCUGUCAUUGCUUGAUGUGGUUGGACAGAACAAUGCCUUGGGAUCAAGAUUCCUCAUCUCCCUGGUUGAGUUCCAGCACAGAAAUAUCUUGCGAGCAGCAGCCUUUGUGGAAAUAUUCCUCAUGCCCUUGUGUGUGGUGUCACUUUUCCUUGGCAGAGUCAGCUUAAUCACUCCAUUCGUGUAUUACCGAUUCUUGCUUCUGAGAUACUCCUCACGGCGGAACCCCUACACCCGCAACAUGUUCCACGAGCUCCGUAUGACAGCAGAGUACGCAGUGAACAAACCAGGCAUUCCAGUGUUCCUGCGAAAUGCUGUAAACAGAGCCAUUGUUUUCAUCUCUGGGUUUGCUCCAGCUGUGGUUGCUCAGUAGUAGUAUUCCUGAUUGCUAUUGUUAGAGACAAGUAGAUUUGUUCAAGUUAAACUGCAGGACAGGAUCUUUUCAACCCUGUUUUGGAUUUUUUGUAUCAAGAAUAGAAAAUGAAUGAGUAUAGGAAAAGAGAUAUUAAUAGUUAGGAAAUGCUCCUUAAUGAUUAUUAAAAUAGACCAGUGGAACCAUUCAAAUAACUGUACCAUAAUUAAAGAAAUUAAACAUGAAAUGGCAAGAAACAAUGAAAUGCCUAGAGGUGUAGAUAAUGAUAAGCAAAAUAUGUGUUUAUCUCUUUCCUGUUUUAUGUGGUAGUUUUUUAUGGUGAAGUAAGUGAAAUGUUAUGUAAACAUGGUGUAAAAUAUAUGUACCCUAAAGUACUAAAUUUUUAGUCAUUGUGCUAAAGGUGUCUAAUCUGUAAGAAAUAACUGAAUUGCUGGAUUCAAAAUAAGACACUAACAUUUUCAGUUUGCCUGAUAUACUGGAAAUAUUGUAUUUGAACAUAUCACAUUACCAGUGAUUCUUUUGAUUGACUGAUACAAGGAGAGUUCUUGCUUGAGAAAUGUAACUGCCUAUUUAUUUUUCCUUACCUGGUGUCUGCUAUUUGACAUUUAAUGUAGCGCAUCAUAAUAGAGAACAUCAUUCAUGAAAGGACUAAAUAGCAGUGUUCAUUCUGAACUUGUAAGGCUUAAAGUUUUAUGGAGAACAUGUUUUGAUGAUUUUUAUUCACACCAUUAAGGCUCUUUUUCACUUUAUCUUUCUUUUUCUGUCUCCCUCUCUCAUUACUUCUGUUUCAUUCUUUUCUUUCCUUCCCUCUCCCUGUUAUGCCUGAGAUUCAGGCUAUCAUGUAGAAUGGUUGUAAGUGUUUGUCAUAAGUGAAAGUUUUAUUUUAAAGCUUUGUGUUACUUUUCAAACGGAUGUAAGUUCUUUCCAGACAGAGAAUCUAUCACUUUGCAAUAUGUUUCUAUUGAUGUUUUAAACCUUUAAGUAUUGUCACAAAAAAGAAGUAUUUCUGUAAAAGUAUGUGCAAAAUGGUGGAUAGAGAGGCAGAUUUUAUUUCUAUACCUCGUGCAAGGUGCGUGAACAUUUGAGUGUUUUUAUUUCUAUACCUCAUGUAUGGUGCGCAGAUAUUUAGAAAGAGGAACACUGUUAGCAAUAUGGGAAAUUAAUGUUGUGACCAAAGUGGUUCAUGACUUUAGUAACUCAAUAAAAUGUAGAGGGGGGAAAUGUCUACUAAUUGAUUGGGAAUCAUAUGGAGUUAAAUAUUUAUGUGUGAGUUUAGAAUACCACUCUAUAGUAGUUGUAGCAUUUUAGUAGGGAUUUAAUUCUAUCUUGAUAUAAACCAAAAACUGUUGUAGAGAUAGUGAAACUUAUCACUGAGUCAUUUUAUGUAUGAUUUGUAAAAAAUUAAUAUGUAUUGCAUUUUCUUUAAUACUUUGAAGGUUGGAAUGUUUCUGAUGUAAUUAAAAGAAAAGAUGAAAGUUGAUAUUUAUUUUUUAUUAGCAAAAGCUCUAAAUAUAUAUAUAUAUUUUUGCCACAAAUUCUGAGGACAUUAAUGUAGUGAGUUUUCAUCAUUAUGAUGGUGUAAAAAGAGAAUCACAUGAUAUUGCAUCAACACACUACUAUCGUCCCUUCUCCUUUCCCUCUCCCUCUCCUUUUCCUUUUCUGGCUCUCCUUUGUCUUCAGCCCAUUCUGUUUCUCCUGUCAUCUGUGAAUAUUUAGCCUUCACUCUCCUUUUGCUUUUUUCACGCUGCCUCAAGGGUGCCUUGCUGGUCUUGUCUGAUAUACUGAAUAACCUUAGUUUGGCCAGAUUGUGUAUAAAGCUGCAUCCACACGAUUAAAUAUGCCUGAUUGGUGGAAGUGGUAAGAGCUCAUUAGGCAUUCUUUACUGCCAGACUACUGAAAGUUUGCGCCCGAACCAGACUGGUUGUGCCUCUGUCAACCACCUGUUGUAGUACUAGCUACUUCAUCAUGUCAAGCCACUCAGUAAUUUGCCUAUGUGGACAACAAUCAUGGGCCUAUUGAUAGAAAUUACCCAGUAAUUGGCACUGCUUACCAGGCAUACCUGAUCAUGGAGAUGCAAGUUAAGUAAUCCUAUAUAGAGUUCUGAAUGUCAGUCCUUGCAAUACAAGACUUUUGAGUAUAAAGGACCUUUAUCAUUAUAUGUAAGCAAAAUAUGAGUGGCCUACUUGGCCAUGUGCCAAGGUUACAAUUAUAAUUUUAUAGAUGUAUGUAACUUUUUUAUUUUUAUUUUAUUUUUUGCAAACUGUUUUGAUGUGUUUUAUUUAGUUUAAAAGUAGUGUAGCCAUUGAUACAAUACACAUGAAAUAACUAAUGUGGUAUGAAUAUCAUGAUGGUGCAAAAUAUACCCUUGCCAGUAUUAUCUCAAUAUCUUAUUUGGAAAAGGACUGGUAUUAGUACAAAUAAGUGGGUCCUAAUAAGCAUUGCUAAAAGUAAGUGUGAUAUGGAGAUCUAUGAAGUGCAAGCUACUCAAUGUGUAUGAUUUUUUAAAAUGUUGAAAAAUAUGGGAAACCUUUGGGAAUUACAGUUCUAAACAUAUAAAAGAAUCUUUCUUAAGACACUAAAUCCUGAUUAGUAAGUCACAGGUUAUAAGUAUGGGGAGGUAGCAAGUUUAUCUUUUCUGGAAUAUUGAAAGGAAAUUGACCUUAAGAUUUAUAUGUGCUGAUGAUCGACUUCCUUGAUACACUGGGUGUGUGUUAAUUUUGUUUUGUUUUUUGUUGUGCUUUUUUUUUUUUUUUCUAAUUACUCUAGUGGUUUCUUUUUAUUGUCACUGCAGUUCUGUUAAAAGUGUUAAUAUUUUUAAUUGGCUAUGUUGGACAAUUGGAAUAAAAGUUGCUGAAUUUUGAAAUAAAAUAUUCAUGGUAAUAAAAAAAUAACUAAGUAAAAUUCAGAGAAAUUGUUAAAGAAAAAGGUCAUGUUAAACAUUAUUCUAUGUUCUAUGUCCUGUAGGAGUGAAAUGAUGAAAACAUUUUGGAUUUUGGCUGUUACAUAGGGCCAGGAGUUUUUACAGACCAGCAGUGCCUUGGAAGUUAUUCAAACCAUGGAGCUCAGUUCAUUUAUCUUUUUUUCCACUCUCCUGGAAUGGAAUUGCAAUUGGUUCUACUGCUCAGACAAUAACUCUCGAAUCCAGUGGAAGAGAAGAGAAGCAUGUUAACUGUACAUUUCCUUUUUGUAAUUCUAGCACACAGUAAAAUAAAUGUGGAUUUCAUU